AGCAGAAGCAUGGCCAGAACCAAGCAGACCGCCCGUAAAUCCACCGGAGGCAAAGCCCCCAGGAAGCAGCUGGCCACCAAGGCAGCCAGGAAGAGCGCUCCGGCUACCGGCGGCGUGAAGAAGCCUCACCGCUACAGGCCCGGUACUGUGGCUCUGAGAGAGAUCCGUCGCUACCAGAAGUCGACGGAGCUGCUGAUCCGCAAGCUGCCCUUCCAGCGUCUGGUCCGAGAGAUCGCUCAGGACUUCAAGACCGACCUGCGCUUCCAGAGCUCCGCCGUCAUGGCUCUGCAGGAGGCCAGCGAGGCCUACCUGGUGGGUCUGUUCGAGGACACCAACCUGUGCGCCAUCCACGCCAAGAGGGUCACCAUCAUGCCCAAAGACAUCCAGCUGGCCCGCCGCAUCCGUGGAGAGAGAGCUUAGAGGCCGCAGCUCCAACAAACACACAACGGCUCUUUUAAGAGCCACACAACUUCAUUUAAGAGCUGAUCCUGUUAGUAUAUUAUAGUAGAGAUUAACUUUAAUAAGUUGAGAUGUUUGACUUUCUUCUUCGCUUGAUCUUGUUAAAACCACACCAGCUUCUUCAUUAUUGUGUA